UCGCAGUGCGCGCGGCCGCGGAGGCGGGUGUGGGGUUGAGUCAGUUGUGAGGCCCGGAGCUGCUGAUCCGCCGGGCAACUGGGCGGACAGGCAACAAACUAGCGGGCGGAAGCGAGCUCUGCGUCGAGAGCCUGGUUCCGUCCUCUAGUCUGCCCACAGCCCGUUGCCGGCCGUCGUCCCCCGCCCCCACCAGCAAACCGCCGCCGCGGGCGCGCCCCCGUUCUGCACUUCUUUCCGAUGGCGUCCGCCUCCGGGGCCAUGGCGAAGCACGAGCAGAUCCUGGUCCUCGACCCGCCCACAGACCUCAAAUUUAAAGGCCCCUUCACAGAUGUAGUCACUACAAAUCUUAAAUUGAGAAAUCCAUCGGAUAGAAAAGUAUGUUUCAAAGUGAAGACUACAGCUCCUCGUCGGUACUGUGUGAGGCCCAACAGUGGAAUUAUUGAUCCAGGGUUGUCUGUGACUGUUUCAGUAAUGCUACAACCUUUUGACUAUGAUCCAAAUGAGAAGAGUAAACACAAGUUUAUGGUACAGACAAUUUUUGCACCACCAAACACUUCAGAUAUGGAAGCUGUGUGGAAAGAAGCAAAACCUGAUGAAUUAAUGGAUUCUAAAUUGAGAUGUGUUUUUGAAAUGCCCAAUGAAAAUGAUAAAUUGAAUGAUAUGGAACCUAGCAAAGCUGCUCCACUGAAUGCAUCUAAACAAGAUGGACCCAUGCCAAAACCGCAUAGUGUUUCACUCAAUGACACUGAAACAAGAAAACUAAUGGAAGAGUGUAAAAGACUUCAGGGAGAAAUGAUGAAACUGUCAGAAGAAAAUCGACACCUGAGAGAUGAAGGCUUAAGGCUCAGAAAGGUAGCACAUUCGGAUAAACCUGGAUCAACUUCAGUUGCAUCCUUCAGAGACGUCACCAGUCCUCUUCCUUCGCUUCUUGUUGUAAUUGCAGCCAUUUUCAUUGGAUUCUUUCUAGGAAAAUUCAUCUUGUAGAGUGAAGCAUGCAGAGUGCUUUCCCCUCGCUCCCCCCCCCCCCCUUGACCAGAAAAUGAUUUGUUUACCUACCAUUUCAUUGGUAGUAUGGCCCACGGUGACCAUUUUUGUUUGUGUGUGUACAGUGUCAUAUAGGCUUUGCCUUUAAUGAUCUCUUAUGGUUAGAAAACACAGUAAAAACAAACUGUUCGCCUACUGGACAAAUUGUAUAUUACCACAUCAUCAAUAGCAGAUGUCAGUUGUACAUUCAGUCCUUUAUGAAAUUCAUAAAUAAAGAAUUGUUCUUUCUUUGUGGUUUUAAUAAGAGCUCAAGAAUUGUUAAGUCUUGUAAAUGUUAUUUUAAUAAUCCCUUUAAAUUUUAUCUGUUGCUGUUACCUCUUGAAAUAUGAUUUAUAUUUAGAUUGCUAAUCCCACUCAUUCAGGAAAUGCCAAGAGGUAUUCUGUGGGGAAAUGGUGCCUCUUACAGUGUAAAUUUUCUCCUUUACCUUUGCUAAUAUCAUGGCAGAAUUUUUUCUUAAUCCCUUGUGAGGCAGUUGUUGACUGAGUUUAUCAUCCUUACAAUCCUGUCCCAUGGUAUUUAACAUUUAAAAAAAUAAUAAAACUGUUAACAGAUUCUUGCUCGAUA